UAAUAAUGGCUCCAUAUCGGUUUUACUUUUGUGUAGAGUAUGUUGUCAUAGCAGUUAUUUGUUUUUUGACAGAAAAGGGGACAGAAUGUACAGAGGAAGGCCAGCUACUUGUGCAUCUGUCAACAUGCACUGAUUCCCGUUGGCUUAUCAGUAACUUACUCUGUAGCAAACAAACAAGAGGUGAUUGGCUGUUUGGAAGAAGGUGGGAUGGCGUUGGUGUCAUAGCGUUUCUGAUGGUGAUUUGUUUGUGUUAGGGGGUUUCUUAGUGUGCCUGGUUUGUUGCAAUGAGGUGUCCUGAAUAGUGGAAUGACAUUACACAUUGCUUUUCUUUGAUAAAAGUCAUUGGACUGGAUCUUCUUUUCAUCCUCUUUCUCAGAGCCUGACAUAUAGGCGGCUCCUCCGGGCAUGCUCCUUAAGCCAAAGUAUGGCCGCUUUCGCAACGAGUCAGUGACCUCCUCCGACGACCUGAUGCAGAGCUUAGCAAUGAGCGGCAAAGUUGUGGCCACACCGGUGGUCUCCUCCUCCGCCACGAGCCUUCCUCUGCCCCCCUUGCCUCCUCUGCCUCCCCUGGAUCACAGUGCCAGAUCAUCAUCCUCUGCUGGGGCUGCAGCCCUGGCUGACUCUCCUUGCCUGGAUGGGGAACAGGAUGCCACCACAACCUUCUGCAUGCUCAUCCCUAGGAUGCCCCAGUGGAAGUUCUCCAACUCCCUGCUUAGCCGGAGCCCGUCCAACUCCAGCUCCAGCUCCAGCUCCAGCUCCAGCAAGGACUCAGGGAAGGCAGCAGCAGCUCCUUCCCAGGCCUCUGUCUCGCAUAGUUCAUCACCACACAGGCACAGUGGUGCGACCUCAGCCAGUGGCCCGGUGGCAAGUCUCGCAGCGGUGCUUAACUCCUGUGACCCUGUGUGUGUCACCCCCUGUUCUUUGCAGGCUAUUCGAGGGCAGAGAGCAGUUGCAGCGGCAAACUCGGCCAAUCAAGGGGGGCACGGAUUUGGGGCCACAGAGGCCAUGGCAAGCCCUGGGGGUUCCAGCAGCUCCCGGUCAGGAAUGAACCGCAGGACAAGGGUGGAAGGCAUGUGGCUGGAGGGAGAGGACUUCACCCAGAAGGGUAGCUUCAUCCACAAACCCUCUCAAGGCUGGUUGCACCCUGACAAGAAGAUUGCAGGACCAGGGGCUUCUUAUAUAGUCAGGUACAUGGGCUGCAUUGAAGUAUUGAAGUCAAUGCGCUCCCUGGACUUCAACACACGGACUCAGGUGACAAGGGAAGCCAUCAACAGGCUGUGUGACACUGUGCCAGGUGGAAAGGGAGCUUGGAGGAAGAAGGCCCAGAACAAAGCUCUCCAGUCCAUUAUGGGGAAGAGUAACCUGCGAUUUGCAGGCAUGGGUAUUGCAGUCAAUAUUUCCACAGAUGGCCUUGGUCUGCUUAUUCCUACCACACGACAGGUGAUAGCACACCAUCCCAUGCAGUCCAUCUCAUUUGCUUCGGGGGGAGACACAGACACGCCUGAUUAUGUUGCGUAUGUGGCCAAAGACCCAGUGAAUCAGAGAGCAUGUCACAUCCUGGAGUGCUCAGACGGUUUAGCCCAGAGUGUCAUCAGUACCAUCGGCCAAGCCUUCGAGCUGCAGUUCAAACAGUACCUGCACAGUCCUCCCAAAACCAUGGCGUCUAUGGAGAGGUCUGUCAGGACAGAAGAGCCGAUGUGGGGGGACGAUGAGGACUUCUCUGAGCAUGAUUACUACAACAGCAUCCCAGGGAAGGAGCCUCCUGUUGGGGGAGUGGUGGACUCCAGGCUCAGGCCCAGCGGAGCCCUGCUGGGUCACAUCCACACACAACCACAGAGCAAGACAGCAGCACAGAUGGGCUCACCAGUGAGGAGGGAGCAAGCGUCUUAUCCCCCUGGUCAGCUGUGCUAUGAACUGCACUGGGACACUGAGACAACCAGCAGCUCAGGUCUGACAGCAGAUGGUUACCUGUGUGCUGACGGCCAGCCACCAGGCAGCAGAGAUUAUGAGGAGCAUCAGUACGUUAACACCCAGAGUCUGGAAAACCUGGAUUCACUGGCACAGAGGCCUAAUGGACGCAAAGGGCCCAGGGCACCCGACAGUCCCAAAAAGGACCUCUUUGACAUGAGGCCCUUUGAAGACGCCCUGAAGCUCCACGAGGCCUGUGGAGGAGCUGUUGGGGCUGCAGCUGGAGGGGGAGGUGUCCGGGUCCUGGAGGACCAGUGGCCCAGCCCUCCACGCCGUCGAGCCCCCGUGGCACCAAACGAGGAGCAGCUCCGCAGGGAGACGUGGUACCACAGCCGCAUGAGCAGGCGAGACGCAGAGAAAAUCCUGGUCCGAGAUGGAGAUUUCCUGGUCCGGGAGAGCACUACCAACCCAGGACAGUAUGUGCUAACCGGAAUGCAUUGUGGCCUGCCCAAACACCUACUGCUGGUGGACCCAGAGGGAGUGGUCCGAACCAAAGACAUGUUAUUUGAGAGCAUAAGCCACCUUAUCUCAUACCACCUUAAGAAUGAGCUGCCUAUUGUAGCAGCAGAGAGUGAGCUCCACCUCAAACAGGUGGUCAGGAGGAAACAGUGAGCCACCUGGCCCCGCAUGGGAUGCUGGAUUCUUGAGUUCCCAAUGCAAAAACCACAGAAAAUAAACAAACAUGGAAAUAAUUUAUCCCGGAUGGAUAUUUAUAAGGAACAAAGGUUAUCACUGAUACUUUCUUUCCAUGAACAAAUCAGCUAAGGAGAGUGGGCAUCUACUUUCUCUGCCUUUGCCUACCAGGAUCAACCGAACUACCCACCACCUGUCAUAAACUCCUCAGCAUGCAGCUAUUAAGCUAACAAAUCAACCAGAAUAUAGACUUUGACUCAUUUGUGAUUCACUCACUGUUUGGCGAGGACCCAACUUCUGGACAUCAAAUAUUUAUUUGAUGCGCAGAGUCCUACAAUGCCUGUAAGAGUGAAGUGCUUCCAGUGUACCAUGGCUUGCCCGACCAGUCAGCCACAGGUCAUCCACCGAACAAAUGGACUGUGACUUUAAGAGACAACUGAAGAAAUGUCUGUUUCAUUUGAAUGUAAAGUUUGUUGGUACAUGUUCACAGGUCUGGAGUACCUGACUCUGAGAUGGCACAAUGAAAACACACUGCGCAUGAUUCAGUGCUGGAUUUAUGAAAUAGCCACAGAUACUUUUUUUUCUCCAUGAUAAUUGAGGCACCAAAUCUCACUUUGAAAUAAGAAAAAUGCAUCCAUACUAUCUUCAUACAGUAUAGACAGCCAAGUGGACCUACAGUACAUUGUCUUGAAAGUUUUAUCACAUGUAUCAGUAAUAUCAGUCAUUUGCAUUGUGUCUGUAAGGGCUGUUCAUAAUUUGUUACAGACAUAUGUGUUAUAUAAGCCGGUGAACAUUAUUGGUCGGACUCUACGUAAAGUAGAAACUAGUACAUAAACUACAUGGGUUUAAAACUCUGCAUACAAACUCAGUAUAUCCGUGCCUGUAUUUCCACAGCCCCUCCAACUUCAGUGCCUUAAUAACUACAGAGACAGGCAUUUGUGUCAGAGUGUAUAUAAUGUGCAUUUAUGCUCCUAAACACGUUUUUUUGCCAUGCCAAUGAAUGACUGAACAAACUUCAGGAUGAUUAAGCUCUUAUACUUGUGAACAGUCAUGUAAGCUGCUCUUGUUUUGGGGGUAAAUGUUUAAUACUGUCUUGUUGUUUAAUGACUGUUAUUGUCUUUAUGUGUCCCUCAUAACAAUAACAAACCAUAGAUGGAACUCCUCUACAGUGAUUGAUAUAAAAGAAAGGGGAUUUGGACUUGAAAUGAAAAUCCUUUAUGUGUCAGGGAAAUGCAUCGCUUUAUCGAUUGUCCUCAUCCCAUGUCAGGCCCUCCACUGUUUUUGGAUGCAGCCUCAUGAAUGCACAGAGAGAGACGAGGCGCGCUACGAGGCUUUUGGUCAGGUCCAAAUGAUUAAUGUGAUUAUUUCAGAUCUCCCCUUUUGCUUUCUCAGGAAUUUCUUGGAUCUGCUCUUCUUUGAUUAACUUUAAUGGCUCUUUGUCAAUAAAACAAAUUGAAAAGAAGGUACAAUUCAAA